AUGUUAACGAAAUGCAUUACACUGUUUCAGUCCUACACUGGCCAGCAAGGAUACAUAGUCACUCAGUUUCCCCUGGCGGACACAAGAGCAGACUUUUGGACCCUAGUGAUGGACUACAAAUCUGACACUGUCGUCAUACUAGGAGACCCCAGACAGCUUGCACAGUGGAUACCUGCCGACGAAGAAGAUGUUAGCAUCAAUGACUUCAACGUGAAACAAAAUGGGACAUCGACGGAGGUCAAUGGCGUGGAUGUGAUUGAUGUAUUAGUAAAUCGGAAGAAUGAAAAAACUGCACAUAGUGCAAGACUUUUCCAAAUGAAGGAAUGGACAAUGGAGGUUCCUCCGUCGAAACAAUCCAUCCUUCAUCUUCUUGAGCAGGUGGAAAGCAGGCGUCGGUCUAAUGACAAUAAACCUGUUAUAGUGACGUGCGGAGAUGGAACAACACAGUGUGGGCUAUUUUGCCUCAUGGCAAACACUCGGGACCAGCUAAAGAUGGACGAGGAGGUUGAUGUAUUUAAGGCCGCACGACAGCUUCUCCUCAGACGACCAGAGUUUCUAAGCUCGUUUGACCAGUAUCAGUUCUGCUAUGCGAUUCUCAAAGAUUACCUGGAGGCCACUGAAGUUUACAUCAACUAACUGAGGAGGAUUAUUAUCUAAUCAGUAGACUGAUACAGUAACUGAGAAAUGUGUUGGAAUCGGAGUAGCGGCUACAGAUGUGUGUUCAUAAAGUAAGACUUGUACAACAGAACACUUGCUACAUGUACUGCUAACCAUGUACUGACACUUUUUUUAGUAGUUACCGGUGUGCCCAUUCACUACGGAUUAUUCCUGUAAUAACAGAUAUGUGGGAGGAAGUGAAACGACGCUUUCAUGCACAGGAGUAAAACAUAGGAUAUUCUACCCGAAAAUUUCCCAAAUUGGCUAAAAUCCGAAUAAAAAUGAACCCUUUUCUUCCGAUAAUGCGGAUAAAUCACAUUUUUAGUUUCCAAUUACAUUACAUCAAAAUCUUCCGUCUUUAUAUUUUCUCAAUUCGUUUGACGCAACGUCAU